GGAAAUCGUCGAAAUAACGCAGUAGAUUGUUAACGCGUCUUCGUUCCAGUACCUGAAAUAUAUAUCAACAAGAAGAUGGGUCUGCUUGCUAUUUUACGAAAAUUGCGAUCGAAUCCUGACAAAGAGCUGCGAUUGUUACUGCUGGGUCUGGAUAAUGCCGGAAAAACGACUAUCUUGAAAUCUUUGGCUAGCGAAGAUAUCACGCAGGUGACUCCGACACAAGGUUUUAACAUAAAAAGUGUCCAAAGCGAAGGUUUCAAAUUGAACGUAUGGGAUAUUGGUGGAGCUCGCAAAAUUCGACCUUAUUGGCGAAAUUAUUUUGAGAACACGGAUGUACUCAUUUAUGUCGUUGAUAGUGCAGACAUCAAAAGGCUAGAGGAAACGGGGCAGGAAUUGUCAGAACUUUUACUGGAAGAAAAGUUACGUGGUGUACCGUUGUUAGUAUAUGCAAAUAAGCAAGAUCUGGGACACGCCGUGACGGCAGCCGAAAUAGCGGAAGGGCUCGGCUUACACAAUAUCAAAGAUCGUGAUUGGCAAAUACAAUCGUGUAUCGCUACUGAGGGCAAAGGCGUGAAGGAAGGUCUAGAGUGGGCAUGUAAGAAUAUUAAAAGGAAGUAACCAGCACACUAUGCAAGUCGAGAGACACGGUCGACGUUUAUGCCACAUUAGGGCGCACGAAAGGAAAAGGCUUACACCAUCCCCAUUGUAUAUUUUACACAUGAUGUUUAUUUAUCUUUUAACUACUAUUUACAAAAAGUUCUGGAGAACAUUGUUGUCUGUGAAUUCGGUAUGAAUGUACGAAUGUCGAACGUGGGUCUUUAAAAACCCGUCGUCAUAUCGGACAUAUCCAGUUGUCGGACUUCCGUCCACUUCGGACUCGAGAAGUUCUAUUUUUCGCAUAAAAGAGAGUCUGUAAUAGCGAGUCCAUAAAAUAUAUACUGCAAAC